AUGAACGCGGCCCAGGAUGGAGACAUCAUCGACCUCCCAGCCCCCACCUAUAACAUGGUUGGGUCGCCGAAUAUUCAGCACUCGUUCACACUGAGAGCUGGCCCAGCAGGCGUAGAGUUCCAGGGAGGCUGGGGUUGGACGGUGAGCAACGGCACACUCACGCUGGACGGGUCCUUCCGGUUCAACAAUACGAAAGUCAUCCGCGUCAAUUCCAACGCUGCUGUGAACGCCUUGGGCGACCUGGCGAUGUUGUCGGUCGGGGGCUCGACGAUGCUCCACCUGGAAGGGUUGUGGCACAGCCACGGCACGCUGUCCAUCUCAGUCAACAAUCCGGGUUCAAACAGGGGCACUUGGAAGCAAAACGGAGUUGUGACAGCCUACGCCACCAACACCUCUCAAGCCAUCAAACUCACCCUAUCGGGCGUUUGGGAACAAAUGGGGCCGGUCAACAUCCACCUCGCCCAAGGCUCCACUGGAGUGCUUGCCAUGAGAGACCAACACACCACCUGGCGGCAACAGAAUUCCGUCUUGAUCGCCGCCGCCGCUGACUCUCACUACGACACUGGUGUGCUCAUGGCCGGAGCGUCUCCGGGCGGCGGGUGGAUGCAGGGCGGAGAGCUCACUAUCAGAGCCGCCCG